CGUCAGGCGGUUCAAAGAGGAAGGAAGAUGGCGGACAACAAAGGCGAGGGAGAUACGGAGGGGUCUGUUAGCAUGGACGAAGUACCUCAGGGGGAACCUACUGUAGACUCACCACCGAAAGAUCCGAGUGCUGUUAUCGUGAUAGAACCAGAAGCUAAAGAGAAGAGUGACGGACAGUCUCAAGAAAAUGUCCACCAGGUACCGACAGCCAGUACCAGCGGAGGAGGCGACGGCUGUGUGUCCGCUAGUGGAGGAGAUGGGAGUGCUAACGUUAGUAGUGGUAGUCCAAAUGGAAACACCAAUGUCGAGGCCACAGAGCCGCCGAGUUCUGGUGACAACGCUACGGGGACUUCUCCUGCUCUCGCUACCGAAAUGUCACCGCCUCCACUAACUUCAGCAUCUGCUCCUGCCGCCCCAUUAAACCUUUUGGAUACGUGCGCUGUGUGUAAACAAAGUCUUCAAAAUCGCGACUGUGAACCUAAACUAUUACCUUGUCUGCAUUCAUUUUGUUUGAAAUGCAUUCCACAACCAGAGCGGCAAAUCACCGUACAGGUCCCUGGGCCGCAUGGUCAAGACACACAUAUCGUGAACGUCAUGCGCUGUACCGUAUGUCACCAGGAUUACAAACAGACAGACAUAGUGGACAAUUACUUUGUCAAGGACACUACAGAGGCUUCAAAUACCUCCGUUGAAAACUCUGCACAGGUUUGUACCAGUUGUGAAGACAAUGCUAGUGCUAUAGGUUUCUGCGUGGAAUGUGGAGAGUGGCUGUGUAAAACCUGCAUUGAGGCCCAUCAAAGGGUGAAGUUCACCAAGGACCAUAAAAUCCGCAAAAAAGAAGAAGUCUCGUCUGACUCUGUGGGAGCGUCAGGGCAGAGGCCAGUGUUCUGUCCUGUGCAUAAGCAGGAGGCUCUGAAGCUCUUCUGUGAGACCUGUGACACUCUGACCUGCCGUGACUGCCAGCUAUUGGAGCACAAAGAACACAGGUACCAGUUCCUGGAGGAGGCCUUCCAGAACCAGAAGGGGAUUAUUGAGACCUUCAUGGCCAAACUUCAGGAGAAGAAAAACUUUGUACAGUUUUCUGCUUCUCAGGUGCAAAGCAGAUUAAAAGAAGUUGCUGAGACUCAUAAGAAAGUGGAGCAUGAGAUUAAGAUUGCCGUCUUCACUCUCAUCAACGAAAUCAACAAGAAAGGCAAAUCCUUGCUUCAGCAGCUAGAGAGCGUGACGAAGGAGCGGAGCGUGAAGCUGCUCAGCCAGCAGAGGGACAUAAACACCCUGGCCCAGCAGAUCCUCCACGUGCUCAGCUUCACUCACUGGGCCAUCAGCAACGGCAGCAGCACCGCCCUGCUCUACAGCAAAAGACUGAUCACGUACCAGCUGCGCUUCAUCCUCAAAGCUCGGCUUGACCCCGUACCCCAGGCCAACGGAGCCAUACGCUUCUUCUGUGACCCCACCUUCUGGGCCAAGAAUGUGGUCAACCUGGGCAACCUGGUGAUAGAGAAGGUGCCCCAGGCAGUGCACCCCCCUAACGUGAUGGUGGGCCAGAUCUCCCCCGGCCAUAACCAGCCGGGCAAACACCCAGGGCAGAUUAACCUGGCUCAGCUCCGGCUCCAGCACAUGCAGCAGCAACAGGCGGCGUACGCCCAGAAACAGCAGCACCAACACCAGCAGCAGCAGCACCAACAACAGCAACAGCAUCAGCAUCAGCAGCAGAUCCAGCAGCAGAUGCGUAUCGCUUCUCAAAUGUCCCAGCUCCCCAGACAGCCAGGACCACAGAUGGUUCAGCAACAGCCCCCGCGGCUCAUCAGCAUGCAGGCGCUCCAGAGAGGAGGUGUCAACGGCUCCUCACACAUGUACCCGUCUCACCACAUGAGGAUGCCCACGGGCCCGGGCCCAGGCCGCAUGCCCACGGCUCAGCCCAGACUCAACGGACAGCAGUACCCAAUGAUGCAGCCUCAGCUCCAGAGACAGCAUUCAAACCCUGGUCAUGCAGGACCGUUCCCGGUGGCAUCUCUACACAACGUGAGUGCUGCCAAUCCCACCAGUCCAACCAGCGCCAGCAUGGCCAACGCUCACAUCCACCGCGGCCCAACCAGCCCCAUCGUGGGUUCCAUCGAACUCAUCCCCUCUGUGACCAACCCAGAGAACCUGCCCUGCCUGCCAGACAUCCCUCCCAUCCAGCUGGAGGAUGCUGGCUCCAGCACGUUAGAUAACAUCCUGAGCCGGUACAUCUCUGCCAGCACACACAUGCCCCUGGCUCCCACCGCUGCCAUGAAUCCCUCUCCAGGGCCCUCCACACACUCCCCUGGCUCCUCAGGAUUAUCAAAUUCCCACACCCCAGCUCGUCCAUCCAGCACAUCAAGCACAGGGAGUCGGGGAAGCUGUGGCUCUGCGGGCAGGCAGGGCUCUGUGAGCGUUAAUGUAGAGCCAGUGAAGGUGAAGCAGGAGCCCGGGGAGGAGGACUGCGGCUUCUCGGGGACGACGGUGAAGACUGAGCGAGCCAAAGACGGCAGACGGAGCGCGUGCAUGAUGAGCAGUCCAGAGAGCAGCGUGACUCCUCCGUUGCCGGUGCUGGGCUCCGUAUCCACGGGCUCCGUGCAGGACGUGCUGAGGAAUCUGGGAGAGCACGUAAAGACCGAACCUCGUUGCGAUGACCAAGGGGGCGGGGCCUGCAGCAACGGGCGUGAACAGACCUCAAACGUCACGCCGGCCAGCACGCCCUUGACCAACGGGAACGCAGAGUCGGACGCCAGCUUGGGCGAGGGAUCCGCCUCGCAAAACUCGAAACAAGCCAGCGGGGACGGCAGCGCGGGUACGCAGACGAACAGCCAGGCGAACGCGUCGGGGAAGGACGACGACCCCAACGAAGACUGGUGCGCCGUGUGUCAGAACGGAGGAGAGCUCCUGUGUUGUGACCGCUGCCCCAAAGUCUUCCACAUCACCUGCCACAUCCCCGUGCUCCGCGCCUCCCCAAGUGGAGACUGGAUGUGCACGUUCUGCAGAAACCUGACCAACCCUGAAAUGGAAUACAACUGUGACGACGACCCGCCGAGUAAGAAGGAUAAGAGUGAGCAGGGACUGAGUCCUGAAGACCAAAGGAGGUGCGAGCGGCUGCUGCUCUACGUUUUCUGUCACGAGCUCAGCGUAGAAUUUCAGGAGCCGGUUCCUUCCUCUGUACCCAACUAUUAUAAGAUCAUUAAACAUCCUAUGGACCUAAAUACAGUGAAGAAGAAACUGCAGCGCAAGCAUCCCCAGCAUUACCAGAGCCCAACAGAUUUUGUCGCUGACGUGCGCCUGGUCUUCAGCAACUGCGCCAAGUACAAUGAGAUGUCUCGCAUAAUCCAGGUUUAUGAUGAGGAGAAACAGAGUAAUGUCCAGGCGGACUCGGAGGUGGCGGAGGCAGGGAAGGCAGUGAGUUUGUUCUUUGAGAAAAAACUGGCCGAGAUCUAUCCCGACCAGAGUUUCCCCGUGGUCAUGGAGAAAGAGUCACGUCCAGAGGACAAGGAAGGUAGCGAAGACUCGGAGGACGACUUCGUGCAGCCCAAGCGAAAGCGGUUAAAAACGGAAGAAAAGCCUUUGCACAUCAAAUGAUGUUCUGGAGAAAAGAUUUAAAGGAGUUACUGAAAGGAAAGAAUGGUUUUGUCUUCCUCAUCCUGUCCUACUCAUUCUGCUCUGACUAUAUGGGUCAAAUGCUGGGCCUUCUGAUAUUCAUUUUUAUUUUAUGUUGUAAAUUAAAAAAAAAAACAAAAAACAUACAAAGUAUUGGUGUCUCGCAAAUAGACUUAUGAAGAGGUAUUACAUUUGGGAGAGGGGGAGGAAGUAGAUUUUCUCACUGGAGGAAAUCGAUAGCAGUUGAAGAAGGAAAUGCUUGUACAGAUUUUGAAUAGAUAUUUGUUUGGACUGGUUAAAUUAAUUACUGGCUAUUUUUCUUUUUUUACUAUUAUCAUUUAUGAUAAUGUUUGUAAAUUUGUUGUGAACUAUGCUUUAUAAAUGACCUGAAACCCC